UAUAUAUCAGUCAACAGAGCCCGAAAAAAUAUCUAGCUGAAGCGAAGCAGCGUCCCAAACCAAAGGUCGGUAACCCCUCCACUCUCUCUCUCUCAAACGGUAGUAAUAGGAGUAGCUCUCUCUCUCUCUAAAUAUAUAUAUAUAUAUAUGUGUGCGGCAACUUCCGCGUCCGUGAACAGUCCAUGGCGCCGACUAACCAACACAGACGGACAAAGAUUUUUUUUACACACAAUGUCGGCGAUACCUAUAAAACCCCACCAUAUAAACCUAAACCCCCAACUCUCUCACGGACUAUUUCUCUCUCUAUCCCAAACACAAACACCAUCGGACAUUUUUCUCUCCUCAACUUCGACUUUCUUUCUUUCUCUCUCAAGAAAACUCUGUAAUUUUAUUGUCCUGAAACUAUGAAACCGAAGGACGAAUCGUUGUUUUCUUCUUCAAAAUCGCCUUCUCCACCUGGGUCCGACUUUGACACCAAAAUCUCAGCUCCAAUUACUUUACCUACAUCUUCUUUUGCUCAAUUCCAAUCUGGGUUUUUGACGACUCAACCCGAUUCGUCUUUGUUGUCAACAAUGCCCUCUCAACCAUUCCCAAUAUCAAUGGGCUUUGCUGGGAAAUCUUCGUCUGACGCCUCUCUGUUCGAUGAAUUUCCUAACAUAAGACCAUCAUCGUAUUCGCUUGACCCUAUAAUAAAUGGGCUUUCAAUGGUAGAGAAUCUUCCAUCUCUACCAUUUGGGACAGGAGAGGAUAGUGAGGCAGAGAAUUUGGGUGUUCCUCAGCCGCUUGAUUGUCUACAGGGAAAUCCAAUCCCUCCAUUUCUGUCUAAAACUUUUGAUCUUGUGGAUGAUCCAACAUUGGACCCAAUCAUAUCUUGGAGCUCUACUGGGCAGAGCUUUGUGGUUUGGGACCCCAUGGAGUUCGCGAGGCGAAUCCUUCCUCAGAAUUUCAAGCACAACAAUUUCUCAAGUUUUGUUCGGCAACUAAAUACAUAUGGAUUCCGCAAGAUUGAUAGUGAUAAGUGGGAGUUUGCCAAUGAAGGUUUCUUGCAAGGAAGGAGACAUCUUUUGAAGAACAUCCACAGGCGCAAGUCACCUCAGACGCAGCAGAUUGAGAGAUAUGCUGGGUCUUCAACUGAAACAGGCAAAACUGGAUUGGAAGGUGAGAUAGUAAGAUUAAGGAGAGAGAAAAGUUCGAUGAUGCAGGAGAUGAUAGAAUUGCAGCAGCAGCAACGUGGGACAGUUCAGCACAUGGACGUAGUGAAUGAGAGGCUCCAAGCAGCGGAGCAGAGACAGAAGCAGAUGGUCUCAUUCUUGGCAAAGUUGUUUCAAAACCCAGACUUCUUAGCCCGUCUUCAGCAAAAGAAGGAAAAGAGGAGUAUUGCUUCUCCAAAAACAAUGAAGAAGUUUGUGAAACAUCAGCAGCAUGAACAGGGUAAAUCAGCAUCGUCCAUGGAAGGGCAGAUUGUAGAUUACAGAGCCAAUUUGGGGAACCUAUGUACCUCUUCAGUAACCCCCGACUUAAAUCAGGAUGCAGUUGAACAAAUUCCUGAUUAUCUCUCACAAGAUGUGGUCGGAAAUCUGGGUUUAGGUGCGGAAAACGUGUUGUUUCAAGUUGAGAAUAUUAAAUCAGAUGAAUUAGUAGCAGCACAUGAACAACUCCAAGCCCCCGAGCAAGUUGGAGUGGGAGUUUCAAGCCUUGGAAAUAGAGAUCCUCUUUAUAAAGGAAAGAAUGUAGUGAACCCCCAACAAGAGUUUACUCCUGAGUAUUUUGUGUCUUUCCCAGAGGACUUGUCAAGGGAGAAGAAUUUUCCAGAAUUCUCGUCUCCAGAGGACUGUGUCGUUAAACAAGAGGAUGCAUGGAACAUGGGUUUUGAAGUCAGUGCUGGUAUGUCUUGUUCUACCAAUGAUUUAUGGGAUAAUCUCAACUAUGAUAUGCCAGACUUGGGAGCCACAGGUGGGUUUUCAGAUAUUUGGGAUUUAGGGUCCUUGCAGGCAGCAGGAGGCUCGGGAAUCGGGAAGUGGCCGGGUGAUGAAUCCCCAUUUGAUGGGCCUCAGGGUCAGGCUGGCCAGCCAAAAGAUGAUAGUGCUAAGACAACGGACCCAUAGGAACUGAUCUGCAUAGGCACUUGCUGCCCUUGCAGAUUUCUAGUUAUUAUUCCAGUUGAUGGGUUUUUUUUUCUAAAUUGAACAAUUUAUUAUUAAUAUAGUCAGUUGAUUACCCUCUUUA